AUGUCCAUAUCUCAACAGCCUGUCAUCGUGGUGGGCGCCAGUCUCGUUGGGCUUUCCGCAGCUCUAUGCCUGGCCUCCCAAAAAGUACCAACCAUCGUCCUCGAGAAACAUGGAGGAAUUUCCCAGCACCCGCGAGCUAUUGGAUUUACAACCCGGACCAUGGAAAUUUAUCGUUCUCUUGGAAUCGAGAACAAGGACCCCGCACCCGAAAACUUCGUUCUUCAGCGCGCCCACGUCGAAAGAGUGACUGGCGAAUGGGUCAAUAACUCGUCCUGGUCUGACACCAAGAGAACCUCUGAGACCAACAAACAUGAACAAAAACCUUCGAAGCCCGAUGGUCCCAAAAAGGAGUAUUCGGUGGAACGUGGCUCAGCCAUCCCACAGGAUAAAUUAGAGCCCAUUCUCGAAGCACUUGCACUCGAGCGAGGCGCUGAUAUUCGCCGGCAACAGAAGGUCAUAUCGUUCGAUCAAAAUACCGAAGGAGUCACCGUCACCGUUCAAGACACUCAAAGAGAUCAGCAUCAAAUCAAAGGCUCCUACGUAAUCGCCGCGGACGGCAACCGGAGCACAAUUCGUGAAUUACUCCAAAUCCCACGCCACGGCAGAGGAUUCAUGCAAAACCUGCACAGCGUCCUAUUCCGCGCCCCGAUAGAAGCAUGGACGAAAGGAAUCGUACAAUUCGACAUUGAACAAACCGACCUCAAAGCCUUUCUCGCUUCCUACAGUGAUGGACGAUGGGCACUAAUGUUCAAAGACGACAUCGAGCGCGACGAGAAUGCCCUUCGAGAGGCAAUUUACCAAGCUAUCGGACGAUCCGACUUCCCCAUUGAAAUAAUCACCACCGGUAGUUGGGAAUUGACUGCCCUUGUUGCAGACACGUUUCGAUCCGGAAGAAUCUUUCUCGCCGGCGACGCGGCGCACACCCUACCGCCAAAUCGGGGUGGAUAUGGCGCGAACACCGGUAUCCACGACGUGCAUAAUCUUGCAUGGAAACUCUCGGCUGUUCUAUCUGGAACAUCGUCAGAGGAUAUCUUGGACACGUAUGAUGCCGAGAGACGUCCUGUUGCGUUGCUGCGGCAUGAUCAGAUCUUCGUGCGUGCGGAUUAUAAAGUGCAUCUUGAUGCGGCUACGACUGCUGGCGAGAAGAUCGACGAUGAUGCUAUGGAGUUUGGUCAGAUUUACCUUUCUAAGGGUUUUGUUGGGACGGAUGAGGGUGUGCCGAGGGCGAUGAAACCUGAUGAGUGGAAUGGUCAGCCUGGUACCCUUUCUCCUCAUAUUUGGGUCUUCAAGGGUGGGGAGCGAGUUCCGCUCUUGGAUUUACUUGACCAUAACAGGUGGACAGUUGUUUCCGAGAGUUCUGUUUGGCGUGAUGCUGCUACGAGCGUGGCCAAGGACUCGCCUAUCCCCCUUCAAUCUCUCCAAUUUGGUCACGAUGUACAGCUUGCCCGGCAGCAAGAUUUCCAGAAGGCUUUUGGUGUCUCUUCAAGCGGAGCCGUUUUAAUUCGGCCCGACGGUUAUAUUGCUUGGAGGGUACAAGAGCUACCCUCUGAUGCUACUCAGAUUCUUGACGGAGUUUUGUCUACUGUUUCGUUCCGAGCGAACGGCUCUGGCUAG